AUGGAUGGGCAACUGCAUUCAGAUGAUGAUUCAGCGGCAUCAACCAUCGAUGUUCUGCCCUAUGCCACCGAUUCGGAUGAUGAGGACGUGGGAACAUCGAUCAUGGAUCGAUUCACCUCGAUCCUUGAGGCCUUGCCCAACCCUUUGUUUGCCAGUGGGAUUGCGAAAAACGCCCCGUGCCUUUACACGAAGGGAGGUGUUCCUUUAGCAUUGCCCGAGGACUUGGCUGACUUGCGAGCUUUGUGCAAGCAGGCACCAUGCGGUCGAGGUACAGAGACGGUCCUUGAUCUAGAGGUCCGGCGUAGCAAGGAGACUCAAGAUGUCGAUAUUCUUUGGGAUGACUUGGGGUUUGUUCUGUCACAGGCCCGUGCAACACUUUGCCCUGACGUGAGUCUCACUGCCAAAGUCUACAAGGUCUUGCUGUAUGAGCUAGGAGAUUUCUUCCAGGCCCACGUAGAUAGCAAGAUUUCGGAUGACCACAUCAUGACGCUGAUGGUCGACUGCGGAGCAGGACCUUGUGAUGGCGGGCAGCUGAGCUUUCCGGAGCGUGGCUGUGUGGAGGCCGCGGAUCGGUCCCAAGAGGCCACGGAGGAGACCACGGAGGUGGAGGAGAAAACGGAGCGAACGUGGAGGUCGGAGUGUGCAGGAUCUUGGUGUUCUUUCUUCACCUCGGAUUUUCACUCGGUUGAGAAGGUUACUGCGGGGCAUCGUGUGAUGGUGACCUUCAACAUUUUUGGGCAUCCAGACCCACAGGAAGAGUAUAAGGUGAUGGGUGCUACGAAGAAGCCUCAGAGAUCAAUGCUGUCGUUGCCACAGCACAUCCUCAAGUUGGUGACCAUCACAAGUGGCAUGCAUGGCAUAUAUCAUUGCAGCUGCUCAUGCGUAGCUCUGAAGGCCCUCUUGCGUGGACCCUCCGAGAUUCUGCAGCUUUGGCUGAGUGUAUGCCAGACGCAGUUGGCCAGAGAGCUUCGAUGA